AUGUCUUCUGCAGAAUACUAUCCACCGUUGGCCCAUCUCUCGUGCUGGCCACAACCUUCGACUUCUCAUAUCCGAUGGAUCCUCCCAGCCUGGCAGUGGGUUCCCCCUUCGUAUCCUGCCUACGUUCCAAAUUUAGAGUUUCCCCCUUCUCCUUCGGAUAACGGCUCUUCAGCCUCGUCCGAGCUGUCCUUCACACCACCGCCUCAGCCGCAGUCUCUACACGUCAUCUGCAAUGCUCCUCUUAUUGCUCCAAAGCCUCUGCCGUACCAUUCACCCACUUUCCUGAAAUUCGAGCUUCUACCUGAAUUGGAUGAAGAUCUAUCCCAUCCGCCGUACACGCAACGGCCCUCGAAACGGAAAAGGGAAGAUUGCGACGAGUCUGCUGACUUCGUGCUGCGCAAGCGGCGUGCAAUGGGCACCUCUUCAACCGCCCUACCACCUCGUCCACCAAGCGUGUCUUCUCGUCAUCGCAAAUCCAUGUCUGUCAGACACCAUGUUCAUCCAUAUCGAUCCCAAAAAUAA